UGCGUUGAGCCAUGGAGACGCGUCCCAAGGCUGAGCGGCGCCUGAGCCUGUCGGUUGCCCAGCGAGAGCGGCCGGGCCGGCUGCUGGAGGGUGUGAAGAUGAAAGGAAAACAGAAGCAAUCUAUUUUUGAACCUUUAGCUCCCCUGGAAGAAGAAUAUUUCAGUGAUUCAACAAAAACUAGGCGACUGCCAUUCAGAGCUAGUAGGGCAAAGAUAAAAUAUGCUAAUACAUACAGACUGGAGUCAUAUAAUAAAUUUCGGGAUUAUUUAGUAAGAGACAAAGCUCAAGCAAUACUAACGAAUAAACUUCAACAAGACAAAUAUGAUGCAGUUUCUAGUCCCUCCUUGUGUGCUUCAAUCUCUGAAGAGAUAUUAACAGCUACGAAGGAAAUGGGCUUUGACCGUUAUAAGUACGUGGUAUCAGUGCUAAUUGUGGAAAAGGCAGGUCAAGCCAUACAUGUUGCCAGCAGAUGGGUUUGGGAUGUUCAAAGAGACAGUUGGGUUUCAGCUAAAUAUGAAACGGAAACAUUUAUAGCACUGGCUUUGGUAAUGGCUUGCUAUUAUGAGUAAUGCUCUAAAAAGCGCACCUAUUUUUGUGCAUCACAGGACUUGGUAUAUUUGAAAAUUUUCAGAACAUUAGUCUACCAACAGCAUUUGUCCAAAAUCCGGUACUAAAAUAUAGAUGCUGACAUAUAGUUGGGAUAAUUUUGCUCAUUUUUCGUUGUAAAAUAACUUCUGAAAUGUGCGUGGUUAAGUACAUGUGGGCUUCAUCUGUCAUAAUGCUCUGAAGCAGCUGGUGUAAAGCCAGACUUUGUACAAUUUUGAAUGUUUGUUGCAUACCUAGAGCUGUUAACGAAUGCUUGCAAUAAAUUGUAGGUGUCUGUUUUCUUAAA